AUGUCGUUGUCAUGUACUUUACUGUUCUACGAUCCAGAUGAAAAGCAUUCUGAAUUAUCAGUCGAGCAAAGCGUUCAAAUCUUUCGUGAUUUAAACAAAUUAUAUCGCUCAAUUUUACCCAAUGGACAAAUUUACUAUGUUCUCUGUUUAUGCUGUAACGACUUAUCCGCGAUGAUUGAACAAGUUAAAGGAUUAGAUACCGUAGUUGCAAUCUGGUCCUGUAAAGAGCAUUGUGGUUCUGAAAGUAAUCCCACGUUCAAUACAAAAGUGCGCGACGAUCUUUAUUUUUAUCCGAAUGGAUAUCGUCGUUACAAUUGGUUGUAUGAUGCUCACAAAAUUCUAUUCGAAGCAUAUCGACGGAGCAAAAAUAAGUGUGAAUACGAGAAAGAGAAAGAGAUACUAAAAGAAAUCAAGCGGCAAACAUCUUUGGAAUCGCAGAGUUCAGUGCAAUCUACUGAUCGAUCAGACGCAGAGAACGAAGAUGGCAUAGCUUUUGGCUAUGAAGCAGUCGACUAA